AAGAAGAACGUUGUGUUUUUUUGAAGUGAAGCAGAAGAGGUAACUGGCAGAAGAAUCGAGAAGGAAAAGUAAAACACACCUGGCUAAGUUGUUUUCACUCAGUGAAACGAAGGUACAGCGGUUACUGUCAAAAGUAAAAGCAAAAUGUGACCCCAGUUUGUGCUCGUGAUGUUCGUCAUUGGCCGAUCAUUUCCAUGACAUGAUGGAUGUCUCAGAGAUGGAGGGGGUGGUGGAGACGAUGAGCAUGGAGUCUGACAGCUCUUCUAUUGGGGAUGCAGUGUCUGGCAGAGGGCAACAGGGUGCGUCCAGGGACGAUGACGAGUUGUACAUCCCAGAGAGAAGACCAUCUCUGGACCUGGGACAGAGUCCAAUGGACACCAUCCACUGGUUUUUUAUGGACCGUGCCCAGUCUCCAGCUCAGAGCUACAAGUCAAUGACCAGUGAUGGCUUCGUAGAAAUGUAUGACGACAGUGAAUCUCCCACAAGGAUUCAACUGGCCAGAACAGAUUCAUACUCAAGCUGCUACUCCUGGGACAGUGAUGAUUGUGAAAAGAGAAUCCUCAAGGUUAAAAUCAAAGAAGAGACUGUCUCAGAGCACCCCGACACACCUGAGGAAAUCCAAGACUCAAAUGAGUUUAAGCAUCCUUCUGUGACAGUGAAAUUCACUUUCGAGGCGAUCAGUAACACCCUUGGGAAAUUGUCCGAGAGAGCCCUCACAAAAUUCAAGACGAUGUUGUGCACGCGCUGCCCACGGUCAUUCCACGCGGAUGUGCAAUACAUGGACAUGGUGAACCUCGUGGACCGUUUGCUCGAGUGCCACAGUCUUGCGUCUUUGAAUGUCACCGUGACUAUACUAGAGGAGAUAGGGGAGAAGAAAAUGGCUGCUGAUAUCCGGAACGUGUGCGUGAGAAAUGAAGUACGUUAUGAUUUAAGUGAGACUCUAAAGAGGGAAUAUGGUGAAAUGUGUGUGAAUAUGGACGGACGUGAAGAGAGGAGGCCCUUUGACGAUAUCUAUGCUAAUCUCUACAUUAGCUCAACAUGUGACAAUGGCCCAAAUAUUGAACAUGAGGUCAUGACCAUUGAAAAACUGGAUUCUAACCAGGAGCCGGGGAAACCGCUGUCUACCGAAGAUAUUUUUACAACAAAAACGAUAGAGUGGUCCAGCAAAAAGUUAAUGUUGAUGACAGGAGUGGCAGGUUCAGGAAAGUCCAUGGCAGUCAGAAGGUUAAUUCUGGAUUGGGCUAAAGGACAGUCUCAUCAUGACGUGUCCUUUAUUUUUCCUCUUUCGCUCAAAGAACUUAAACAGUUUGAGGGUUCUACGAUCUCCCUUUUAGAAAUAAUACAAACACUUUACCCAGAAGCAAAAAAACUGAGGAAUGGGGAUUUUAGAUGUGAAGACUGCAAAAUAAUGUUCAUCCUUGAUGGAAUUGACGAGUACAAUGAGGUGCUCGACUUUUAUAACACCACGCUCCUCAGUGACCCCACGAGUCCCGCCACCCUGAACAUUAUUGUGGUCAAUCUCCUCAGAGGGAGGCUGGUCCACCACGGUCUGCUCCUGGUCACCUCUCGGCCACAAGUACGGUCCUGCAUUCCAUGGGAUACGCACUACGAUGAGAUGGAAGUGCGUGGCUUCUGUGACCCUUACAAGGAUGAGUACUUUAAUAGGAGAUUUAAAGACCCAGAUCAAGCAGCACAGGUUCUUGCCUAUAUCAACUCUGUCACAACGCUCCGCAUCAUGUGCCAUCUGCCCUUGUUCUGCUCGCUAAUUGCCGAUGAGUACGAUUGCGUGUUUAGAAAGCAGGGGACCCGGACAGAGCUGCCCAGGAGCAUCACUUACAUGUACACAAAGCUAAUGCUCGAACUUGCACAGAGGAGGAGAGGUCCAGAGUGUAGCUCAGAUAAAAAGAGAGACCUCCUCAUGAAUCUUGGAAAAAUGGCACUUGAAAUGUUGGAGCAACACAAGUUCAAAGUGGCCAUGUAUGACUGGAAAAAUACUGAAAUGGAGGAGGAGGCGGUGAAUAACAGCGGCCUGUGUAUGGAGUACCUCACAAAACCGCUCAUUCUGUUUGAUGAGAAAAUGCUGAGCUUCAUUCACCCCACUGUGCAGGAGUACAUGGCUGCCCUGUAUGCAUUUCUCUCCUUUACAAAUGAGGGCAAAAACAUUUUUGAGGAACAACUGAAAGGAAAAGGAAAGUUCAGGGGGAUCUUCAAGGUACCCAAAGUCACUGACCUCUACAAGGCCGCUGUGGACAGAAGCCUGUCCUGUGCUGACGGCAAACUGGACAUUUUUCUACGUUUCCUGUGUGGAAUGGCAUGUAGGACCAACCUGGAGCUCCUCCAGCCAUUUCUCACCUCUUCUGCACACCAGUCAUCAGUGGUUGAAGAUGUCGCUGCUCUCAUCAGGAAGAGGAUGAGAGAGAAAAGGUUUCCUGGCAGGAAUGACAAUUUGCAGCGUUGCUUGGCGGAGUUGGGUGUGUAACUUCACCUCAGAGCCAGAAUCAUAUUGAUCAGACUAUUAAACACAGAUCCCCGGAUGCCAACUGUCAAUAAACACCACAAGAAAACAAUGGAGAACAUGAUCCCCUCCUUCGUCAGUCAACAUGUGCACUACGUUGAACAUAAGUUGGAGCCAUAAUCAUCUUUUCAUUUCCUCAGUCACACCCAAAGGGAGAUGUUAUGAUUAAAUGUGUGUUAAAAGGUCUAGUGUGUAACAUUUAGGAGAGUUUAUUUAAGCAGACAUAUUUUGAUUUGUUUACGUAAAAACAAAGAGUGACUUCUGAAGCAAAUGGAGGGCUGAGUGGAAGAGUCCUCAGUCUGUUGCAGUCUGCAGUCACACCAUUAGAUGUCACUAAUUCUUAUGCACUUGACCUUUGAUGUGAUAGAUCAGUGUGAGUUUUGUUCUGCUUUCAUAGAAUUCAGGAUGUUGAUGUACACUCGAUUAUUGCUGGGGCUGCCAGUUUGGGCUCGACAUGAUCUACUAUUUCAAUCACUCUAAAUAUGCACCGUUAACACACAAUCCUGAGGAUUAUGGUGUACGGCUUGAAAUAAAAGGUGCCAUAAUAUAUAGGGAAAUGACUUUGGGGUUUUAUGUGCAUUGAACACUUUAGCUUUGCGUUCUUAGAGUGUAUAUAUAUAUAUAUACACUCAUGUGCUACAACAUUAUACAAGUUAAAGAUGGAAUACUACCAACGCACAUACAGCAAAGCAACUGAUGGAGAAUCCUCUUUAUAUCCUGCACUGGAAAGACUUGUACCGUUGUAUCAUAGUCAUGUAAAUAAAUGACAUUAGUUGA